AUGGGAAACAGUCCCUCUCGCACGCGAUUCUGUGAUAACAAACUCUUCACCAUGGUCCGCCCUUCCAGAAGGACAGCCUGGGAUCCACCGGGCUACGACUCGCCAGACUGGAAAGCCAACGCGGUCACACACACCUCCAGCGGCGAUGCUGACUCCCGUUACGCAUUCCUGAAGGACUUCGACACGAUCUUCCUCGUGGAUGAUAGCUCUAGUAUGAUGGGACCCCGCUGGCACGAAGCCGAGGAAGCCAUAGCAGCCAUUGCGCCCAUUUGCACCCAGUACGAUGCAGAUGGGGUUGACAUCUACUUCUUGAACCACCGCCGUGCGGCGACCAGUCACACUACCGGCGCCUAUAGCAAUAUCACUACUGCCGCCGACGUCCAAGAAAUCUUCAAUAGUGUCCACCCGCGCGGUUCGACCCCGGUCGGGAAACGACUCCUCGAGAUCCUGACGCCGUACCUCGCGCGCGUGGAGCGGAUGCAGGCGAACCGGAACGCGGACGGGUCCCUACGAGACCCCUUGAUGGCCGUGAAGCCAAUUAAUAUCAUUACCAUUACCGAUGGCGAGUUCACGGAUGAUGCGGAGAGUGUCAUUGUGCGGGUUGCCAAGGCAUUGGAUCACUCGCGGUGUAAUGCGCUGCCGUGGCAAGUCGGCAUUCAGUUCUUCCAGAUCGGUGAUGAUCAGAGAGUGCAGCGGUACCUGCAGGAACUGGAUGAUGACCUGGGCCGGUGGUGCAAGGAUGAGCAUCUUCGGGAUAUCGUGGAUACAGUGCCAUGGAAGGGAAAGAGAGGGCGAUCUCUAGAUGCGGAGGGGAUCUUGAAGUGUUUGCUUGGGGCUGUGAACAAGAAGUAUGAUCGACGACAGGUCUGA